AUGGAUGACGCCCUGUCUGAACCACCGUACACGCCACUGGAAAGCGAGGAUCUACUCUCCAAUCAUUCUAUUGAUCAGGACGUGCAAGAAUGGCCGGCGCCCGAUAUAUCAUGCCUCGAUCAUCAAACAACACCAUCGCCAGAUCCAUUCCAAUCGCUUAUCGAUGAACUGGGGCUGCUAAAUGACACUCAAGGUGUGGACCAUGUCACGGGAAUUUUGAAGCUAUACUCGUCGCUGUGGGAGUGUUACAUUGCGAAAAAGGCAGAUGUGAACCGUAUUUCGAAGGAGAAUGAGAUACUCCGUGCAUCGAAUAUUCAUCUAUGUCAAGAAUUACAAAUUCUGGAGCGCCAGCACGCCACCCAGGAAGAAUUCCUAGCAGUCUCUGAACAAGGGUUUGAGAAUGUCCGGAAGGGCAUAAUGGCCGUCCUCGGAGCCUGGGAUUACUGUCCGCUCCCCACGGCCGAGCCUCAGAACGAGACGCAGCUGAAAUGA